UUGGUCUCGAUUGGUCAAGGUCCAAAAUGCCGACAUCGAAAUGUUACGAAAUGUAUCCAGGGGCGUGUUCGUGAAUCGCCAUCUUGGCUCCGAAUUGAGAAGUCGGCUCGCUUGCCUUGCUCGGGAAGUCAGAGCCGAAAUGACCCCAGUUUCUGUUCCCUUCCGCAGACGCGCUCACUCAUUGGGAACAUGACGGCGACUUUGGUUGUCCAGAGGUUAGCAGGAGUGUCUGGGGCGCUUGCUGUCGCCGCGGGAGCAUAUGGCGCUCACGGGUUCAGACGGAGUGACAGAGACGAUUAUUUGAAAGAGAUGUUUGAAACGGCCAACAAGUACCACUUCCUGCACAGCCUGGCUCUGCUCGGUGCGGCUCGCUGCAGGAAGCCUGCGCUGGCCGGCGGGCUGCUGACGGCUGGCAUGGGGCUCUUCUGUGGGGCGCUAUAUCACCAGGCCAUCACCGGGGACCCCAGCCUCAGCAAGCUCGCUCCGUACGGGGGCACCAUGCUCAUCGCCGGCUGGGCUGCCAUUGCCCUUUGACCCCUGACCCCUGACCCCGGGGCAUCAUUGUGACCCCUGGUAGGGUUCCCUCAAAACACCUGCCCACCCUAUAAAUCAGAGACUUUGAGGCGAAGGGAGACUUUGGCAAAGAGGGUGUCGUGAAGCCAGCGUUGUCUCAAACGGGUGUUUCCCUUCACAGGUGUCCAUAAAAAAAAGGUGUGCGGAUCAGUUGCUGUUUUUUCUGACCUUCAACGGGUGCUUUCAAAAUCCGUGAAGGUUUCUGUGACUUGCUUGCGUGAGCUUUUGUGUGGAUUUUUUUUUUUUUUCCGGCAAAAAAAAUAAAGCCGUUUUGAAAAUAC